AUGCGCCGCGCUCAAAGUGUGCGUAACCACGCUAGACCUUCCCUUGCGCUUGCUGCAGAUGAUCUUGGGGUGUUACGGGAAGGAGAUGAGUCUAACGAGGAUGUGUUACGACGCCAGCUGCUGGAGAAAGAUCGAGAGUGUGAUAGACUUCAGAUGACCAUUACUGCCUUGCAAACACAACUUGCCCAACGCCCGCCGAUCGAAGAGGUUCAGCGACUUGAGAAAGAAUUCAAGAAUCUCGACCUCAUUUUGCAAGGGACACAAAGAGAGAAUGAAAAAUGCAUGGCUGAUAUUGAAAGAGCCAAAGCUCGAGAGAAAAUGCUUGAGCGUGAAUUGACGAGACUUGCAGGGGACAAUUGGCAGGCAAACCUCGAAAUCCCUUCUUCAUCCAAUGUCCCCAUUCGCUCUUCUUCAGGCCUCAGCGGGGGGCUGAGCGUACUCCACCAACGAUCGAACACCAUAUCAUCCCCCAUUUCAUUCAGUAUGGCGCGCAAUCACUCCCCCACACCCUCCCUGCGUGGUGAAAAAUCAACGGCGAUACCCCCUCGCUCCUCAGGUAGUCCGGCGCCAUCGUCGUCCUCCCAGCAUCCACAUGACAACGACCAGAGAGAGGCUCAGCGACAGGCGGCAUUGGCUCAGAUCGAGCAGGUACGAAUGCUCAUCUUGGGUAUGGAUCAGAAGUUGGAUACAAGGGAAGAAAAGCUGAACAAAAUGCUUGAGCGGGCGGAGGAGGAAGGCAGAAAGUUUGAGGCUAAGGUUGUUGAGGCACGUAUGGCGGCGGGCAGCCCUGGGCACUGA